AUGGGGAGCAGCAAGAGCAAACCCAAAGACCCCAGCCAGCGCCGGCGCAGCCUGGAGCCCACUGACAACACCCACCACGGGGGUUACCCGGCCUCGCAGACGCCCAGCAAGGCGGCUGCUCCCGAUGCCCAUCGCACCCCCAGCCGCUCCUUCGGGACCAUGGCUGCUGAGUCCAAGCUCUUUGGAGGCUUCAACACCUCUGACACGGUCACCUCGCCGCAGCGUGCCGGGACACUGGCUGGGUGGUGUGGAGUCACCACCUUUGUGGCCCUCUAUGACUAUGAGUCCCGGACAGAAACAGACUUGUCCUUCAAGAAAGGAGAGCGCCUGCAAAUUGUCAACAACACGAGAAAAGUGGAUGUCAGGGAAGGUGACUGGUGGCUGGCUCAUUCCCUCACUACAGGACAGACGGGCUACAUCCCCAGUAACUAUGUCGCGCCCUCAGACUCCAUCCAGGCUGAAGAGUGGUAUUUUGGGAAGAUCACACGCCGGGAGUCCGAGCGGCUGCUGCUCAACCCUGAAAACCCCCGAGGGACCUUCCUGGUCCGGGAGAGUGAGACCACGAAAGGUGCCUACUGCCUUUCUGUCUCCGACUUCGACAACGCCAAGGGGCUCAACGUGAAGCACUACAAGAUCCGCAAGCUGGACAGCGGGGGCUUCUACAUCCCCUCCCGCACCCAGUUCAACAGCCUGCAGCAGCUGGUGGCCUAUUACUCCAAACAUGCUGAUGGCUUGUGCCACCGUCUCACCAACGUCUGCCCCACAUCGAAGCCCCAGACCCAAGGCCUUGCCAAGGAUGCCUGGGAAAUUCCUCGGGAAUCGCUGCGGCUGGAGGUCAAGCUGGGACAGGGCUGCUUCGGAGAGGUGUGGAUGGGAACCUGGAAUGGCACCACUCGGGUGGCGAUCAAGACACUGAAGCCUGGCACCAUGUCCCCAGAAGCUUUCCUGCAGGAAGCCCAGGUCAUGAAGAAGCUCCGGCACGAGAAGCUGGUUCAGCUCUAUGCUGUGGUUUCAGAGGAGCCCAUUUACAUUGUCACCGAGUACAUGAGCAAGGGGAGCCUCCUGGACUUCCUGAAGGGUGAGAUGGGCAAGUACCUGCGGCUGCCCCAGCUCGUGGAUAUGGCGGCUCAGUCCUUUGGCAUCCUCUUGACCGAGCUGACCACCAAGGGCAGAGUGCCAUACCCAGGGAUGGUGAACCGGGAGGUGUUGGACCAGGUGGAGCGGGGCUACCGCAUGCCCUGCCCUCCCGAGUGCCCCGAGUCCCUGCACGACCUCAUGUGCCAGUGCGGGCGGAAGGACCCGGAGGAGCGACCCACCUUUGAGUACCUGCAGGCUUUCCUGGAGGACUACUUCACCUCGACAGAGCCCCAGUACCAGCCCGGAGAGAACCUAUAG